UAGGAGUACUGAUCUAGGAUUCAAUUAGCCUUUUAGAUCAUAAUGACUAAGAUUAUAUAGACAAGUGGGGACCCGAUCCUCAAUCAGCACUCCCACUCUGAGACUCUUUAUGGAUAAGGGCCCAGGUCUUGAUUAAUUUUGUCUUACGUGUGGGACCAUGCCUUUCAAUUAUCAAACCAUUAGAGUGUCAUAUAAUCAAUUCAACUAACACGUUUGCAUAGUAACACAUCAAUCCCUCAUUGUCCAAUCAGAAUAUGCUCCAUAGCAGGGUGCUCAUGUCAGAUGUCUUGAUUCAACAUCCUCUCACUCUGUAUCUCUUACAGUCAGUAGACAUGGAGGAUGGGAAGCCUGAUCUGCUGAUAGUCAAAGAGGAGACAAUAGAAGACGGACCAGAGAGCAUUGAUUUGCUGAGUGGACUAAAGAUGGGGGAGCAAGGUGAUUGGCUGGAGGAUAACAGAGGAGACUGGGUGGCCAUCUUGGAUUUCCAGACCCCGACCGGUGCAGCCAAGGCACCAGGGGACAACAUCACGGAGCAGGCCAGGACCAGUAGCGACAUAGUGGAGUUUACAGAGGACCAGUUGAUAUCUGGUGUUGCUUGCGGGAGAGACUGGACCUCUGAGGUGGCUGGUCACAAAGCCUGGCCCCGGAUCAGAACCCUAGAUCCGGAGCCGUCGCUCUUCCUUCCCGGCUCAAAACCAGGCCUGAACCACAAGGGACAGAGACACCACCACACAGAACAAAACCAGUGGACAGGUGGACUGAACAACCUCAGUCCUGGUGGUUAUCAAAGAAACAAAAGCUCCAGUCUGCAGACCAGACCCUUCUCUUCACAGUCUCAGUGCAGGGAUGGAGCAGGGCCUUGGGCUGAUAGAGAUAGACCCUCCUGUUCCUAUGAUACAAACACCACAGUAUCCAUGAUGAACAGAACAGGUCACCCUGGGCUUCAGCCUUCACAGAGACUGGUGGGAGACCCCUCUGGUGGUAGUCUAUCAGCAAGUCUGUCUUCUCCUUCGGGGACACAUAUAAUGCCUGGUGAAUGGGUUAAUAGAAAGCCUGGACCUGGGUCUAGCCUUCCUCAGUUACCUCAUGGUUACCCCACCAAUACAGACAGGGUCAGAAUGGGUGGUCCCCUAGCUUAUAACACAGCACACAAUCCCAACAACACCCAAACAAUGGCUAGAGGUCAAGGAGGGAGCUCAAAGACUAACCACUUGAGGGUGGUGGCACCUGCUUCUACUUCCUCUGGUGUCAUUGGGUCACAACGUGGGAGGCAGAGCAUUAGGACAGAUGCUGACAAGCCGUACGUCUGCCCCACGUGUGGGAAGCGCUUCGCUGAUGCAAAUUAUGUGAAGAGGCACCAGACCGUUCACACCAAGGAAAAGCCCUUCAAGUGCAAACUAUGUUACAAGAGCUUCUCCUUCCUGACUAGCCUUAUCAGACAUAAGAGUGUCCACAAAGGGGAAAAAUCAUAGCGGUGUGGCUUGAGAAGUAUGCUGGGGAUAUCUGGGAACUAUACUUAAAUAUAGUGUGAAGUGUCUUGGGGUAAGAGGAUAAUUAAUCACAUGCCCCUCGUUAACUUGAAACAGGCUUGAGUAAAUACCUGUUUUUAGAGAGACAGUAAACCGAGGCUAGAACAAGGAGUUUAAUAUUUACCUUACUGAGGUGAUGUAGAUGGAAUAAAGUAAUAUUACUUUUCUACUCUAUUCUUGCUGACACUGUCCUUUCUAAACAAGUCUGCUCUCAGCUUGAAAGAUACAGUACUUGUCAUAGAUUUGAUGUGUAACAUAAUAAGCAGUACCGUACUUCUAAGAAAAGCACGCAUACAUUUUUCAUUUAACUACACCUUUGAGCUAUGAUGCCAACCAAUAACAUUAUUUCUCUUCAGUGUAGACGGACGUAAAGUGACCAAGAACAAUGUUCACCUUAGCGUUUUUAUUGGUGUUAUUUAGACUUUAAGACCAUGGUACUCGAAAUAUUACUAAUUUAACUGCACAGCAUCACGUCCUUGCCCUAGGCAGCCUUUAAUUCGUUGGAGGCAGGACUUGGCUAAUGUUCGUUAACAAUACCAACAGCUAUGGUUUUCCACACUCAAAUACUCUAUUAUGGAGGUGUUAGCGAAUGCAGCUGUGGCAGAGAUCUGUAAACACGUAGACGACAAUGCAGUUUUGUUUUAAAAUGUCUCAAAGCCAGAAAGUAAACAGGGUAUUGCUGCGGAAACUACAGCUACUGGAACUAAAGGUGUCACGUGAGUUCGCAGAGGACAAUGCAUGAGCGCGAUUCUCGUCCGAUACGGAGGAAUGGCAAGAGGUUCGUAAAUUUUGCAGAAGCCGGAGGUUGACUUGCGGCGUUUCCACUAGUUACCACAAUCACAAAGUCAAUAUCGUAACAAUUUCUAAAAACAAAAUGUGCUUUUUGGUCUUAAUGUCGGUUAGGAUCAGGCAUACAGUUAGUGUGGCUAGGUUUAAAAUCACAUUUUAAGAAGAUGCAGUCAUAAACCCCAUCCUAUUUCUACAAUGUAUCCGUGGUAACAAGUGACGGCCAGGUUGCGGGGCCUCUUGCGCAUGUGUGACUUGCAUGGAUCCAUGAGUACCAAUAUGUGAAGCUCACAGGAGCAUGAAGGCAUAAAUACAUUUUCAAUAAUUUUCCAUCCUCAAAAUGUUGAAUAAACAAAAGCUUU